UAAAAAUAAAAAAACAGAAGAAGAUAAAAAGCAAACUCUUCGAGUGUUGUGUUGUGUUUUUUGCAAUAAUAAAAGAAAACGAACGGUGGUGAUAUCCCUCGUUCUGCAAUCUCAAUCGCUCCUCCCUCCUCUCUUUUCCAGCGUCCGAUUCCUUCUCCAUUAUCACCGAUCUUACACACUCUCGCGCCAAAUACAAAUUCAGGGUUCCGACGAUAUGUCCGACGCUCCGGCGAGUCCUGGCGGUGGAAGCCACGAGAGCGGCGAGCACAGUCCCCGUUCUAACAUCCGCGAGCAAGAUAGGUUUCUUCCUAUUGCCAACAUCAGCCGCAUCAUGAAGAAAGCUCUCCCUGCUAAUGGCAAAAUCGCGAAAGAUGCUAAAGAGACCGUUCAGGAAUGCGUCUCUGAGUUCAUCAGCUUCAUUACCAGCGAGGCCUCUGAUAAGUGUCAGAGAGAGAAGAGGAAGACUAUUAACGGCGAUGAUUUGCUUUGGGCGAUGGCGACGCUAGGGUUCGAGGAUUAUAUUGAUCCUCUUAAGAUUUACCUUACGAGAUACAGAGAGAUGGAGGGUGAUACUAAGGGCUCUGGCAAAGGUGGAGAUUCGUCUGCUAAGAAAGAUCUUCAACAAGGUUCUAAUCCUCAGCUUGUUCAUCAAGGUUCUUUCUCACAAGGUGUUUCUUACACAAAUUCUCAGGGUCAACAUAUGAUGGUUCCUAUGCAAGGCCCAGAGUAGGUAACAAGCCAAUUGACCUUCUUUCAAGGGUUGUCUGCUGUGCUGGUAGAGCUUUACAAACUGCUCUCGGCAUUAUUCGAGUGUAUUUUAUGUUAAGUAAUACAACAUAAGGCACAUUAGUUCUUGUGUCCUGAUUUUUUUUUAUUUUUAAAUUAAGGUUUGUAUAUUAUGUCUGGAUUAAAAUUAUUAUUUCAAAGUUACAUUUGUAAUUUUAAGGGCUGGAGCCAUGUUGGUCUUAUUCCUUCUGGCGGCUUGGCAAAUGUUGAAAAAUUUAGGAAAUCUGAUUGUAUGCAUAAAUUGGGGUUUUUUAAAACCUUAUAUGGUGUACAAUAAUGGAUGAAGACGGUUGAGUUUUUGAA